UAAUCUCAUGACUGGUGGACCACGAGGGAUUUCUCCUUUUUAUUUUCGAAAUUUUGUUCCACUAAUCAUUUCAAUUCAUAUUAUUACAAAUCACGAUUCACUGAUACAUCUCAAAUCCUCUGCCACUGUCAUUGGCCAUACUAAUUUCCACCGAUCAGCUUUCUCAAACUCAUUUUACUCUUUGUAGACUUGUUCUAAGUUGCUAUUUUUCCAAGAUUCUAAUUUUGAUUCUGAUAAAGUGGGGUCUUUCUCUAAUCCAAGAUGUUGUUAAAAAGUGUGUUCUUAUUCUCAGUAUAUGAUUCUUAAUGAAUAAGUAUCUUUUCGGAAUCAUAAAACUUCUCAUCCUAGCUAGCUCUAGACAUAUAUACUAGCUUACAGUCCAAUUAUUUUGGAAGUCUUGGAAAUGGAAACUUUAUUUUCUAGUAAUUCGUUUUUACCAAAUUCAAGUUGGAUGAGCAAGAGCAUAGAAUGGACUAAAGAAGAGAACAAGCAGUUUGAAAGUGCUAUUGCGAUAUAUGACGAGAAUACUCCUAAUAGAUGGUUCAAGGUGGCAGCUCACAUCCCUGGAAAGACAGUUAUUGAUGUAAUGAAUCAAUACAAGGAACUUGUUGCAGAUGUUUGUGACAUUGAAGCCGGAUUGGUCCCAAAUCCUGGUUAUUUUGGCUCUUCGAUUACUUUAGAAUUUGUCGAUCAUUGUGGAUUACAAACAUUUAGAAAAAGAGGCAGCAGAUCUUCUGAUCAAGAAAGAAAGAAAGGUGUACCAUGGACAGAAGAAGAGCACAGGAGAUUCCUGAUGGGACUUGAGAAGUAUGGAAAAGGGGAUUGGAGGAACAUAUCCAAGAAAAUGGUAAUUUCAAGAACACCAACUCAAGUGGCUAGUCAUGCUCAGAAAUACUAUCAGAGACAGAUUUCAGGAGGCAAAGAUAAGAGGAGACCUAGUAUUCAUGACAUUACCACUGUCCAUUUCACCACCGACGCCACGUCCCAAAACAACCUAGCGUACAACAUUAAUUCUUUGUCUAAAGAGAAGUUCUAUGCAACCAGCUCCUCUUUCCAGAAAUUCACAACCACAACAGAUAUAGUGAACUGCUGGAAUGCCAGCUUAUUAAGUGAACACGUAGAUCUGAUGGAUUUUGGAUCAUUGUAUGGCAGUUCUCCGUUUGUCGCAUACCCAUACAAGAUUGCUUCACAGUAUUGGGAUGAACAUGGAGCUAACAGUAUUACUUUAAGUGGUAAUCCACAGCUCCAGUUCCAAUCCACAAGAUAUCAAAUAUGGGAUUGAUCAGUGUUGAAAGAUGUCUUAUCUAGGGUUCUGUUUUUAUUUGUGGUCUUGUUAUUAAAUUAUUAAUUAAUGUAAUUUAGUUUGGUACGGGUGGUCUAAUUUGUGUAUCAAGUCGUUCAGACUGCAAGUGAAUAUUUUCAACUAAA